AUGGCCGAGAGCGCCCCUCCCCGUGCAGGGAAAGUACCCCAGUCCCCGCCAGCCAGCCAGCCCCAGGAACGGCAGCCCGGCGUCCACGACCACCACCCAGCCAGCCAGGCAGCCAGCGCGGGGAAGCCGCCGCGACCCCCGGGCCCGACCUCUCGCCACCCAAAGUUUUGGCGGAGGGCGGGGGAGAAAAGUGGCCCGCGAGGCGCCGGCCGGUGGCGGCUCCGGGCUCCUCCGGGCUCCGGACGCGCGGGCUCCCCUCGCCUUCCUCAAGUCCACCCUACCGGCUGCCGCUGCUCCCGCUGCCGCUGCCGCUCGCUCCUGCCGCCGCCGCCGCCGCCGAGUCCUCCUCGGGCUGCAGCCCCGGCGGCUCGCAAAAACAUGGCCUCCAGUAUAUCUGUCUCUUAUGGUGUCACCAAGAUGUAUGGUAACAUGAAGAUGCAGAAGUCAUUGAUCCCAGCAGAAACAAAGAACUGCUUGAGUGAUGGAAGAAGGAGGAGGGCACAAAGACCCUGGUAGGUGAUGCAGGGCAAACUCUGGAUGACCCUCACUCACCUUUGUCAAAAGCUGCCAGACAAGGACUGUCGCUAUGCCCUUUACGAUACAACCUACAAGACCAAGGAGAGCAAGAAGGAGGACCUGGUGGGUAUCUGGGCCCCUGAGAGUGUCCCUCUUAAGAGCAAAAAGGUCUAUGCUAGUUCCAAGGAUG